CUCCCUGCUGAGUCCGGACGGAGAGUGGUCCAGCUCCCUCCCGGCCCAGGAGGAGGAUGCUGAGGAUGCUGCGGAGGAGGCGGACUAAGGCUGGCUGCUGCUGCUGCAGCUGCUGCUGCUGAAUAAUUGAGCUGCGGGCGGCAAGGGACCGUUGGCAGCGGCAGCAUCAGCAUCAGCCGCCCUCUGCCUCCUCCCGGGCCCUCCCUGGCCUGCCUCCCAUCCAGCCCUAGAGCGAUGGCAGUGGGGUGCAAUGGUUAGAGCCCGGCGCAGGCGCUGGCCAGGCGGGGGCUCGCUCUCCCUGCAGCCGGGGACCCUGGCAGCCAGCCCCUCGCCGCUGCAAUAGCAGCCCCCCCCUUCCUUCGGAUUCGAACCCAGGACCCGGCUGGCCCUUCCAGCAGCGCCAUGGCCUUGGUCGUCCGGCUGAAGAGCGUCACCGACCUUCGGGGGAAAGCCGACCGCAUCGCCAAGGUGGCUUUCAGAGGUCUCUCCUUCUACACCCGGGUGCUUGAGAACUGCGAGAACGAAGCUCUAUUUGAUGAGACUUUCCGGUGGCCCAUCGCAAGCAGCAUCGAUGUCAACGAGAUGCUGGAGAUCCAGGUCUUCAACUACAGCAAGGUCUUCUCCAACAGACUCAUCGGUACCUUCCAGAUGGUCCUGCAGAAGGUGGUGGAGGAAGGGCAGCUGAACGUGACGGACACCUUGAUCGAUGACAACAACGCCGCCAUCCGGACCAGUGUCUCCAUUGAGAUCCGAUACCAAGCCAUGGAUGGCACCGUUGGCGCUUGGAACGACGAAGAGUUUUUGGAGAGCCCCAAUCCACGCUCGGAGGGAGACCCCUAUGAGAUGGAUGCCUUGCUCCCCAGCCACCGACAGUCGCCCAGCAAGGCCAGCGCUGCGGAGCGGGCCCUCCGGAGGUAA